AUGACGAGAUCGGCCGCCAACUUACAGCCCAGCGCCUUCGCCUUGCCUGGCCUGCCGACGACCGAGAGGGGGGACCUGUCUGUAACUGGUGGCAGGAGACUUGGGGCCUUUCAGUCGCCUCCGCUGAACCUCCGCAGCCCUAGCCAACUAGCCUCCCGCCUGUUCAUGCGAAAAGACACCCAUCUCGGCGGCACCAUCAGCGCAAACUGGACAGCAUGCCCUGGAAUCACUGACUUGCACCAGUUCGGCCCCUGGAGCCAGGCUCCUAGGCGCACAUUUUCUGGUAGGCGGUGGAGUCUGCUUGUUCCGGUCGCCGGUCGCAUUGCGUCUAUCCGUAAAUUUGUCCAGCGCGGAGACUUCAACCCGGGGCCAACUACUGUGAGAUUGUACGAAGCUUCGUUCUUGAAUCGCUCGGCCAUGUCCUGUCUGGGGACUAAAAUAGUGCCUGCCCACUGUAAUGAGAGUCACAGGUACGAGUCUGCCGUGGUGUCGGUCGUCAGUGCUGCUGGUACCGUGGUGUGCGUGGUUAUCGCUAGCAGUGACGCAACGACGUGUUGCGCAAUGCUUGGCCGCACCGGGGCGCACAGCAUUGUUUGUACCUGCUGGCAGUGCUGCACGGUGAUGUGCAGAGGACUCGGCGCUGUGCAGAAGCUCACCGUGGACGAUGCCAGUAGAGCGACGGACAGACCAGGCAUAUGCAGGAUGUGA